UUUUCACUUAGCUGGAAUGUUUGGGUGCUAUUCUUUGUUUGUGGGUGGCUAUUUUUUAUGAAGCAGCUAUUCAGGAAUUAUGAGGUGCACAACAGAAUGGUCCAGUUGAUAUUUUCAAUAACGUUCGCGUUGUCUUGCACCAUGUUUGAGCUUAUUAUUUUUGAAAUUAUGGAUGUGAUGGAUUUUAGGUCAAGGUUCGCUUCUUGGAGACUAUGCCUAACUUCCAUGUUAAUCAUUCUUAUUGUAGCACUUCCGCUUUACGUUGCAUACACUCUUUUGAAGAGUAUAUCGUUUAUACGACAACGAUUUCUAAAGUCAUUGACAACCUUGCUUUGGAUUGUGUUCAUCUACUUUUUCUGGAAGAUUGGUGACCCAUUCCCAAUUCUUAGUGCAAAACACGGAAUCUUCACAAUUGAACAAGCUAUUUCUCGCAUAGGUGUUAUUGGUGUGACAGUUAUGGCAAUCUUAUCUGGUUUUGGAGCUGUGAACGCUCCUUAUGUUUACAUGACAGUGUUUAUGCGAAAGGUAGAUCAAGCAGCUAUCUCUCAAAUGGAAAGAAAAUUAAUGCAAACCAUGGAAAUGAUUGCUAUAAAGAAGCGUCGUGUAGCCCAAUACGAGAGGGAGCUGGCAUUAAGUGCUUUUUCAAGAGGUUCGUGUAAUUUACUCUGUUCUCUAAACUUAUAUAAAAAAGCAAGUUUUCGAAGCAAUUAUGAGUAUGUGGUGUUGAGUUCGCAACUUAACGAGGAAAUUGUUCCUUUAAAUGAACUUGGCCGCUACCUUUUCCUGGAGAUUGUGGAGUUGCGAAAUAUGAAGGAACGCAUAGAGUAUAGUAAAACUUUGAUGGGCAAAUACUUCAAUGUGCUUGGGCAUUUUUUCUCUGUGUACUGCAUUUGGAGGAUAUUCAUUUGUACAGUGAAUAUAGUAUUUGAUCGUGUUGGUAAGGUAGAUCCCGUGACAAAAGCAAUCGAGAUUGGAGUAAACUGGAUAGGAAUCGAUUUGGAUGUGCGUUUUUGGUCACAACACAUUUCAUUUCUUCUCGUUGGAGUAAUUGCUGUGACGUCAAUCCGAGGAUUACUUAUAACAUUGACAAAGUUUUUCCUAGCCAUUUCAAGCUCUAAGUCGUCGAACAUCAUUGUUUUAUUAUUAGCUCAAAUAAUGGGCAUGUACUUCGUCUCGAGUGUUUUGCUGAUGAGAAUGAAUAUGCCUCACCAAUAUAGGAAAAUUAUCACAGAAGUCCUAGGCGAUCUCCAAUUUAACUUCUACCAUCGAUGGUUUGACGUUAUAUUUCUGAUCUCUGCUUUAUCGAGUAUAGUAUUUUUGUAUUUAGCCCAUAAACAGGUGCCUGUUCAUUAA